AUGGACGACACACUUAUAAAAAAACGCCUUAUCGUGGAAGAACGACCUUUGCGUAGAUUUAUUAGCAAAUGUCACGAAUUUCAAAACAAUGAGCUUGACAUAGACGAUUUAGAGGUUGAGUGUGCAGCAAUGGAAGCUGUUUGGACGCGUUUACAGCUUCAAAGCGAAACGAACGAGAACGAGUCUCGCGUUUACCAAAAACGAGUUGAGGAAAUUGAAAAAGAAUGUGAGGAGGAAACAAAGACCAUCGAGGAACUGUUAAAACAAAUGGAAGCUACCAAAGAGGAUUUCCACCGAAAAGAGCAAUAUGAUAACAUUGCCAAGAUGAUCACCUCUAAAGAUCUUCGAAGUCCUGAAGAACAGCAGCAAUUGGUAACCAAGUUAAACGAUGCUAUUGAAGAGCUGCAAAAAGAAAAGGAGUCUUACACUAGCUUGUGGGAUGCUCGAAAUGCUUCAUUUGAGGAAAUUUUAAAGCAAAUCCAAUCACUAAAAGAACAGAUUCAUCCGACCGUCUCUCCAACUACAGCGGAUGACACAAACGGCAUGCAAGAGGAAGGCGAACAUCCAGAUGCUUGA